AUGAGCGAGGAUGACCCGCCCAAACACAGUCUGCACUGGUUCCGCAAGGGUCUGCGGCUGCACGACAACGCCAGCCUGCUCGAGGGCGUGGCGGGCUCGACCACGUUCCGCUGCAUCUACAUCCUGGAUCCGUGGUUUGCCGGCUCGUCCAACGUGGGCAUCAACAAGUGGAGAUUUCUAUUGCAAUGUCUUGAGGAUCUGGACAAGAGUUUGCAGCGGCUGAACUCGCGCCUGUUCGUGAUCAGAGGCCAGCCCGCAGAUGUGCUUCCCAGCCUGUUCAAGAAAUGGAACAUCACCUGUCUUUCGUUUGGAGAGGAUCCGGAACCGUUCGGAAAAGUGCGAGACCAGAACGUGCGGAAAAUGGCGCUCGAACACAACGUGGAAGUGGUCUCGCGCACAUGUCACACACUGUACGACGUCGACACGGUGAUUGAGCGCGCCGGCGGCCGCUCGCCGCUCACCUACAAGCAGUUCCAGACG